AUGAAGCUUCUCGAGUUUGAAAGUCCAGUCUAUCUGCCUGUUGUCACUGACUCCCUUCUCCGUCCAGCCUUGGCUGUCGUUUUAUUUCUGAUUGGUGCCUAUCUGUGCCUAAUCCCAAAUAGCAUCACGGACUUGCGAAGGAGAAAGCUUCCACCUGGCCCACGUGGCUGGCCUUUGGUUGGCAAUCUAUUCGAUCUGAACGAUUCGGAGCUUGUACGCUACCGGGUACGUGAUUGGCAUCAGAAAUACGGAGAUGUCUUCUACACAAAGAUCGGCGGGACAGACUACAUCUGGCUUUCAUCGCCCAAAGCCGUUAAAGAUUUGUUGGAUAAGAAAUCUGGCAUCUACUCUUCACGCCCUUCACUUCCUCUCGCUCAAGAUGUGGCUAGUGGAAAGUCACGACAGCUCUUUAUGGCAUAUGGACCUGAUUGGAGAGGCUUACGGAAACACAGCCAUGCUCUUCUCAAUCUCAACACGUCCAACAAAUACAGGCCCGUGCAAGACUUCGAGUCCAAGGUAGUCCUCAACGAUCUCCUCGAGCGACCAGAUCAGUUCUACACCAUAAAUCGUCGCUAUUCGACAUCGGUUAUCAUGCUGGUUACUUAUGGCUAUCGCAUUCCCUCUUUUGAAGACCCGAUCAUAACAAAAAUCUUCUCUGUUCUCGAAAACUUGUCAAUCAUGUCUGCACCAGGUGCCUUCAUCGUUGAGACGCUUCCUGGCCUAGCCAGAUUGCCACAGUGGCUCUUGGGUAAUUGGCGCUCAUGGGGAGAAAGAGCCUUCGCCCAUGACAGCCAGAUUUACCUCGAUUUGUGGGACACAUUGAAAAGGACUACAGACGAGGGAACGGCUAGAGACUGCUUCUGUAAGGACUUUUACCUCAGCGACCCAAAAAAGAAUGGCAUCGAUGACUUGUUGGCCGCCUAUACCUGCGGAGGGCUGGUCGAGGCUGGUUCUGAGACGACAGCUACCACAAUCAACAACUGGACAUUGGCCAUGGUUUUGCAUCCCGAGAUCAUGAAAAAGGGUCAAGAAGAGCUCGACCGCGUGGUUGGUUCUCACAGGCUUCCUCAGUGGGAGGACGAAAAGGAUCUUCCAUACAUCCGUGCCAUGAUCAAGGAAACCCUUAGAUGGCGUCCGGUCAAUAAAUUCGGUAUGUACCAUGCUUUGACUGAAGAUGACUGGUACGAUGGGUAUUUCAUUCCCAAAGACUCCGUGGUUGUCUUGAACUGGUGGGCUAUACAGUACGACCCAAGCCGCUAUGUAGACCCAGAAACCUUUGAGCCUUCACGUUAUCUCGGCACGAAAGGGUCGGCGGCGGAGCUCAUGAACGCCCAAGACCCUUACGAUAGAGACCACUUCUCCUACGGCGCCGGAAGACGAGCGUGUCCUGGCGUCCAUCUUGCUGAAAAGUCUUUAUUUAUCGUCAUUUCCCGAACGCUUUGGGGCUUCAAUAUCCAGAAGAAGAAAACCGUAGAGGGGUCAGUGAUUGAUCCGGUGACCAGGAUGAUGCCCGGGUUCCUCAGUGUCCCUGAGCCGUUCGAGUGUGACAUUAUCUGCCGUUCUGACGAGCAUAGGCGCGUCAUGAAAGCCGCUUUCGAAUCAGCCAAUCUGGAGGAUCUAGAGUAUCGUGGCUAA